UCAAGACGCCAGGAGGCCGGGGCUUUAUGUGGACGCAAGAAUGGGAUUUGUACAUGUCGUUUAGCAAGGGUAUUUAGUUGUGUUUACCGGCUACUCUCGGGGUGCUGUACUCUUUCAGUAGGUUAUGUUUACCCGCGACACAAGCUAUGGGAUACUUUUACCGGCUUCACCAGAUAUAGCACAGCUGCCUUUCACUUUGUGGCUAGUUGAAUCACGUCACUUUCCGUUGCUGAGAACAAGUGAACACGGACAGGGCAAGCGACAAAAUCAGAUCCAGAUGUAUUGAUUAUUUUGUUUGUCAAAUCACUCCUAGACAGAGUGAAGGUGUUGGACUACAGAACUUACACAGCCUUGGACCGUCCCUUCGUGCCCGUGGGAGCAGACGACACUGAUCGUCUGCCAUCUGGGCAGACGACACAUAGAUCGCCUGGUGCCGGGGCACAGGGGAGAGUAGACGAGACAAGUUCCAUUUCGCCGAGCUGUGACACGCUGGUUUCCGUACACCCGCUACCUCAAUAAUGGAGUUCGGCUGAAGAUAACCGACCAAGUUUAGUGACGGUUGUCAAACUGUAGCGGAGGUUGGCAUGUUGGUAUUUGACGGCAGUGUGACGGUGUUGUGACAGACGAAGAGGAGAACAUGGAGACGCAGAGGAGAAGCUUUGAGUUCCGGAUGUCCAAGAAGGUGGCGGAGCUGACGCAGGUCGUGCACAUGCUCUUCACGCGGAAUCACGAAAAGGAGGUUGAAAUCGACGCGGUGAAGGAAGCAUACGAGCUGGAGAUACAGAAUAUCAUUCAGGACGCCAGGAAGAGGUUGUCAAUCCUACAGGGAGAUUUGGAGGACAUGAAGUUCCGGGCUGGGGACGAGGGCGAGAAGAUGCGACAGAUAAUGGAACAGGAGUACAUGCAGCGGGAAGCGGAGCUCGCCAAGAGGCUGGCGGACACCGAGCAGCUCCUGGCCGACGAGAGGAGUGAGUGCCAGAACAUCAGGGACCUUCUCAUCACCGCCCAGAAGGACAUUGAGCAGUUACGCCAAGGAGUCGCGGAACAGCUUAACCUGAAAUCAGACGAGAUAGCAAAACGAGACAAAGAGAUCGAGCGGUUGCGCAAACACGUGACAAGCCUUGAAAAGGGAAUGAAGGAUUCGGAAAAAGAGACAAACUCGGCUGUGAGAGAUUUCGAGAAGAGCAAUGAGAAGCUGGAGUCUGAGUUGACUCGCGUGCAUGAACUGUUGGAAGAGAGUCACAGGGCCAAGGAUCAAGUGCUGACCAAGGUCAAGGUAUUGGAAACUGAGUUGAAAAAUCUGAAGCGAGAUUUCAACAGACGCGUCACAGAAACUGUGGCUAGUCAAGUGAACAAGAUGCCCCGCAGUGCGCCGUCAUACACAAACCACAACGAAGAGCUGGAGCGACUACGUCGGGAAAUACAGCGUUACCGCCUGGAGCUCAGCAAUAGAGACUCAAACUUUAACCGUGUGUUCACCACGCAACAGCCAGUCAUUGUAGACCCUCGGAGCGCUAAAUCAGGGGCGGUGCAGUCACCUCAACCUAACAAAUCUCUCAAUCGAAGCCAAGGCAGCCUCGGCCAUGGUCAGUCAGGGACUGUGAUACAAAAUGGUCUUGGCCAGCCGGUGUUGGUAAACGGGUACACAAAACCCGGGGGUCGGGGCUACAGAGGCACCGCAGUGCCCUCCAGCAAGCCCCACUUCUCAAGUACCAUACAGACGUACUACGAGGAGCUGAAUCAAAGUCCGCGGCCAAACUCGGCUUCCAGUCAGUUACCAUCCAUUGCUUCCUCAACGUCUUCCGCCGAGGGAAGGUCAAGGUCACAGAAAUUUUCGAAGCCGAGGCCGCUACCAAAGGAGAUGCUCUUUUCAAAAUGACACCAUGGAAAAAGGCAAAUACCACUGCACGAGUGACAUUUACUAUGACGUACUGUGCAUUUGAAGACUUCAGUGAUGGGUAGUAAUCAGCCAUUUAAGGAGGUGGACAUUGUAGCGAAGGGUUCAGGAAGAAUGUGUCUUUUGAAGAAAAAAACCCUGUUUGGUGUGUCGGAUGGUGUAUAAUUUCAGGUUAUAUUAACAAAGCAGUUCUGUGAUAAGCCUGUGUGGCGGACACUAUUGUGAUUAUACCAUAACAGGCAUUUAUGUGACGCUAUACACCGAUGCAAGGUCAUACUCGUGUGGUUCCCUUCCCUGUGAUACUAUUACGUCAUAGAACCACGCUCACACAUUUGAUCUAUUCAAAACCACGUCCUAAAAACAUUUAACGUCAUUCAAAAGGAUAUUAAUGUCGGACACUUCAGUGACGUUAUUCAACGUGUUACCACGCCAAAAGCUACAAUUCAGAUAUUCACUCAUGAUAUAACUCAUCGUGAAUUUGACAUUAUUUAUGUUAGUUAAUUAUUUAAUGUCGUGUACUCGAGAACCGGCUUUUCCGUCGGACGAGGGUUCGUAUGAACCACACAUGGCUGCAUGAUUUCAGGCCCCUUUAAGAAUAUCCUUGCAACGACCCAUCCAAAUGAAGAAUUGCGAAAUAUAUAUGCACAUCCAGACUAUGGACUCAACGACGCUAGACUAACAGACGACAUUCUAAAAUAUACAUCUACCCUAGUAACUGUUUGACACACCUUUACAUUUAUUGUUCAAUGAACGAUCAGUUAAUCAAUGACGACUUACAUUUGUAGCCAUAUGUUCAAGAAAACAAUUCGCAUCGGCCAGUAUGAUGUAAAUACAUUAAGACGCGCUCUGACCGACGUCCUGAUAACAUUUUUUUAAUCCAGUUGCAGUAAUAUUAUAUAAAGAAAUAAAAUAAAUUUUCUAGAAAUCAAUGUUACCUUGUCACGAUGUGAAAGAAUAUUCUACUUGACUCUAUAAGGAUUCUGUAUGACAGGAGAAAAUAAAACGAAAAACAAAUACUAUACAAGUAAAUUACAUAUAAUGGUAUGCGUGUAAAGUAAAUUUGUACGUAUGUAUUCAUCUAAAUUAUUCCAUGAAGGAAAUUGCGUUUACGUUGAGUGUGGUCGCCAGUAAACCGCACUACUUUUCCAUUGCGUACAUGGCACUACACGCAUCUAUGGAAGCGUAUUGGUGCCAGUCUUUUAAAAUAUUUUCAUCUACAUAGACAAAACUUUCUUCUACGUUGAAGAUACUCACACCAUGUAAGUGAUACCUUCAUUGAUGUAGAAGACUCUUUUAUUUUCUUAAGUGGAGACCAGACCCAGAAUAACCCUCGAAUAGUCAAGAAAAUAUGGUUAAGAAAGUCGAUAAUACGAAGAUGAAAGUAUUGUUUACGUAGAGGGACGGUGGGGUAGCAUAAAGGGUAAAGAGUUUGCUCUUCACGUUAACGACUCGGGUUCGAUUCCACACAUGGGUAUUAUGUGUGAAGCUCAUUUCUGAUGUAAGUGAUGUUGCUGAAAUAAUGCUAAAGGCUGCGUACAAGACCAUACUCAGUCACUCUUCUCAGUAGAUGAAAGUAUUAAACUGAGGCACUACGCAUCACAGUCAUAUUUGCUUCUAAUAAUCUUCUCAUCCCUAAGUCUCAAUAUUUUAAAUUUUGUAUGUUGUGAAUGUGUUUUCCUGAGAUUCUGAUAUAGGAAUAGAUACAUAUACUGGUAUAUAGAUGAAUUGGAAGCAUAUACACACUCCCAUAAAAAUGCUACAAUACAGUAACAUCUGAGUCUUUCACUCAAUCUACACACCUACACACACACACACACACACACACACACACACACACACACACACACAUGGUCAGUUGAUCAUCCACUGGUCUAUAUAGAGAGUUUGAAUUAAUGUGCUAAACCUUUCACAAAAACAUCAUAUAUCGGCGUUUGAAGUAUCGGGAAGCAUGGCUACUUAGGGUUUGAACUAUGUUUGGCUGUCAGACCUUAGCAUGCAGUUUGUGUCCCGCCCAUGCAGCAAAUAUUAAAACGCCCAGAUCACCAUGUGACUGAUGUCAUGAUAGGUCACCACACAUGCAGAUAAUCUUGUGUUAGGCGUAGGCAGCAAUGACAUCGCAACAGUUCAUGUCAUUAUAAAUGCAACAGAAUGGCUGCUGUUGGUUUGGGUUUUUUUAAAUAUAACCAGUACUUACCAGUUAAUACGCGAUGUUGAAGGUAUUAAGAUGGGUGUAGUUGCAGUCUUAAAUAUAUCCUGAUCAAAAUGCACUCAGUCCAUCCAUUAUGAAGCUACGGUUGUCGCAUUUGUUAUGUCUACGACAUAAACCAACCACUAUUUUUGUACAUAAAGUAUGACCAGAAAUUAUUGAGAAUUUUAGGAACAUG